AUUCAAGUAUUCCAUUUCUGUUCUAGGAUCAGGUGACCUAUAGGAACCUACUAAUAUCAGAUUCUGUUUCUUAAGUUGGACUUCGGCUGCUAUCGUCUCAAAGAUCCUCUCUGUUGGCUACUCAAGUCCAUCGAACACGAUCUCUUUUAUUCUUGUGGUUAAGUUGUCUUUUUUGUACAGUGCUAUGCCUCCCCACAUAUAUACAGUUCGACAGAAUUUGGUAACGAGUGUCUAGCCAGGAAUAUGUGUGCUCAAUAGCUCAUCUAGUCGUAGGCCGUGUUCCGAAAGUAUGAGAAUGUCCGGAGUGUGAAGACUUAUUUUCAUCAAUAGUCUGUCGAUCUUAUUUUAGGUUACAGUGAACAAAGAGCUUGGUUACGAAAAAUACAAACAUGCAAACUACUAAUUCUGAUGGUGAAGAGGAACUGACACCUGUUUUCGAAAAUUACAAGAAACAGCAAUUGGAGCCUGUUAAAGGCUAUUCUUCCUUCAGUUACACAGUGAAAAAGACAAAGUUGAGAAAGAAAUCAAAGAAAAGUUCCAACCCUGAAGCACCAAAAACUCCAACUCAUGAUAAUGUAGUCGAACCACUCCCUAUGGAAUUUCUUGAGGAGCUAGAGAAGUUUGAAAGUCGUAGCCCAGCAAAGGAAUCUAAAAAUAAAAAGAGGAAGAAGAAAAAAAUUGUUGUCACAAGUUCCGUUGUGGAUGACAGCUAUAUACCAUUGGAAGCUGGUUGCACGACAAGCUUCAGUCUGGCUAGGCUGGAUAAGUGUGAAACACUCUCCUCUGCUGCCACUGCCUUACAAUUCUAUAGUAAGCAUCUCUAUGGCAAACGAAUUGCCAGAGUAUCCGCCGACAAGAUAAUCGCCAACGGAAUGAAAGUUGAAGCUAGGAAGCUCCUUGCCAAACGCCGAAACCGAUAGGAGUUUUUGUAAUGUACACUUAAAAUAAUAAAACUAAUUAGUUUGUCGUUUUUAAA